AUGUUCUCCACUACUGUCUCUACGCUGGCCGUCCUCGCGCUCUUUACCUUCACCGGCGCCAGUGCCGCACCCCCCACCCGUGCGCUCACCGUCCGCCAAGUCAGCCAGUGCGACACCGGAAAGAUCCAGUGCUGCGAACAGAUGCAGAGCGCCGGGUCCCGAAACCACGACAUGCUUUUGCCGUUCCUCGGUCUCGACGCCGCCCUCGCCAACUUGCCUAUCGGGACGGCCUGUUCUCCGAUCGACGUGGGCGCGCUGGGCCACGGCGCGAGCUGUUCUGCGCACCCUGUAUGCUGCGAUGACAAGUCCACCUCCCUGGUCUCGGUUGGUUGCGUGCCCAUCAACCUUUCUGGUUAA